GCCCUGCGCUCCUUCCGCGCACGCGCGUCAGCGCGUCUUGUAGCCUCCGAACCAACAGGGGGCGCGGAGAGCGCGGGGCGCGCACAGCUAGCGGCUGCUUCCGGGUCAAGGGUCAGACAGCCUUCUUCCCCUUGGCCAUGGUGCAGCUCCGGCCGCGUCCGUCGCGAGUCCCCGCGCCAGCGGAGGCGAUGGUGGACGAGGACCAGCCAGCCUCGGAGGAGGAAGAGGCGGAGCAUGGCCUGCUCCUCGGGCAGCCCAGCAGCGGCGCCGCCGCCGAGCCUCUGGACGAGGACGAGGAUGGGGACGACGAAGCCCCCGAGGAACUGACUUUCGCCCAUGCUCAGGCGGAAGCGAGGGAGGAGGAGCUGCGCGUGCGUGAGAGUGCACGGAGGGAUAAAACGCUGCUGAAGGAGAAGAGGAAGCGGCGCGAGGAGCUGUUCAUCGAACAGAAGAAAAGAAAGCUGCUUCCAGAUGCUAUUUUACAGCAACUAACUAAAGCUUCAGAGGCUGACCUAAAGAAAUCACCAGGAAACGUAAAAGUUAAUUUGAAAAAGAGAAGUGAACAUACUGCAAAAGAAAGAAACUCCAAGAAAGUUAAAAUACAGAAAGUACAGUCUGACAGUCAGACUAAAAGCUACUUGGCUGUAAGGCUAAAAGAUCAAGAUCUGAGAGAUUCAAGGCAAGAAGCAGCCAAACACUUCAUCCACAGUUGUUUAUAUGGUUCAGAAUCCAAGAGGACUACUGUGAACAAGUUCCUGUCUCUGAACAACAAGAGGCUACCAGUAAAAAGAGCUGCAGCCCAGUUUCUCAAUGGCACAUGGGGUGCUAAGAAACAACAAAAUGCCAAGAGGUUUAAAAAACGCUGGAUGGCCAAAAAAAUGAAAAAGAAAAGUUAUAAGUGAAAUGAAAUAAAGCUAAAUGAUGAUUUAUAUGUAUAGAAUUUAAAUCUAGUCAUUCAUAAAUCAUUGUAAAGGAUCAUUAAGAAAAAAACCAUAAACCUUUUUGUCUGAGAAAGCAGCUGGCUACAUUUCUUUCUAGAAUACUUUUGAUCAUCUUGGAGGGAAAAGCAGUUUAAAAAAGGCAUUUUCAUCCUUGUGGGCACAAGAAGAGGGAUAAAAAGAGACCGUCUGCCGGUAGUGGUGGUGCACGCCAGCACUCGGGAGGCAGAGGCAGGCGGAUCUCUGUGAGUUCGAGGCCAGCCUGGUCUACAAGAGCUAGUUCCAGGACAGGAACCAAAAAGCUACAGAGGAACCCUGUCUCGAAAAUCCAAAAAAAAAGAAAAAGAGACCGUUCAUGAAGUCUUCAGUACAACUAAAAAGCUAACUCUAGUGUUAUAGAUGUGGUUUGUCAUUGUUAAAAAGCAUAGUGGUGGGGGAGGGGGGUGAAUCCCAAGAGUAGGAAAAUAAAUAUGUAUUGGGGUUUAAACUUCAGCCAGUACCUUUGUCUAGCAAUGGAGUAAAUCUGAAAUAAGUGGGGCUUUUUGUUGUUGUUUUUUAAAAGAAAAAGGUGUGUGUGUGCACACAUGCAUGGUGUGUCAGAGAACAAUUUCUAUUUCUGUCUCCUACCAUGUGGGUUCCAAAGGUUGAAUUCAAGUCACCAGAUGUGGUACCAAAGUACUGCUGAGCCAUCUUGGCAGCCCUGGAACAGCUUUUCAAAUUUUAAUUAGUUUGGGGGUUUGCUUGGUUGAUAGUUACAGUACUUGUUAAAUUCCUGUUUUUCUUUGCACACACAGUAUCAGGUUCGACU